AUGGACCACAUCCAUCACCACCUCUUCCACCGCUACAAGGAGCGGUUUGGGAAGAGCUACAGCAGCGAGGAGGAGCAUGAGCAUCGCAAGCACGCCUUCAUUCAUAACAUGCGGUUCGUGCACUCGAGGAACCGCGCCGCGCUCUCCUACACGCUGGCGCUGAACCACCUGGCCGACCGCACGCCCCAGGAACUGGCCGCCCUGCGGGGCCGGCGCCGGAGCGGGGCUCCCAACAAUGGGCAGCCCUUCCCCACCGAGCUCUAUGCCGGCCUCAACCUGCCCGAGAGCCUCGACUGGCGGCUCUAUGGUGCUGUGACCCCCGUGAAGGACCAGGCUGUCUGUGGGUCCUGCUGGAGCUUCGCCACGACGGGCGCAAUGGAGGGUGCCCUCUUCCUCAAGACCGGCGUGCUGACCCCCCUGUCCCAACAAGUCCUCAUCGACUGCUCCUGGGGCUUCGGGAACCAGGCGUGUGAUGGGGGCGAGGAGUGGCGAGCCUACGAGUGGGUCAUGAAGCACGGUGGCAUUGCCAGCACCGAGUCUUACGGGCCCUACCUGGGGCAGAACGGUCACCCCCCGCUGUCGGAGCUGGUGGCCCAGCUUGCCGGCUAUGCCAGCGUGGAGCGGGGCAGCGCCGCGGCGCUGAAGGCUGCACUGGUCAAGCACGGCCCCGUGGCCGUCAACAUCGACGCUUCACACAAGUCCUUCGCCUUCUACGCCAACGGUGUCUACGAGGAGCCCCACUGCGGAAAUGAGACAUUGGCACUGGAUCACGCAGUGCUGGCCGUGGGCUAUGGGGUCCUGCAUGGCAAGAGCUACUGGCUCAUCAAGAACUCCUGGUCCACGUACUGGGGCAAUGACGGCUACAUCCUCAUGGCCAUGAAGGACAACAACUGUGGUGUGGCUACUGCUGCCUCCUUCCCCAUCCUGGCCUGAUGAGACACGGCCCCACACCUGCCCUGUCCCCUCCAUGUCUCCCUCCUAGCAGGGGUGCUGACUCGAAUUCACGUCUGGGAGAGAAAUGAUCACUGCGCAGGAAUAAUGUGGUUUAUUCUGUGGGAGUCCAGGUCUCCAGAUCUUUGAUUCUCUUGACUGCAGUCAAUAAAACAUGCUUUGACUUUCA